GCGCGCCCACCGCCGUACGGCGAGAUGGCGACGCCCGCGCUUCCGCUGCGCCGCGCUUGGCUACCGCGGCUUCCCGUCGCCGUGUCGCGCAGUAGUCCGUCGGAGCGACGGCACGGUCAGUCGGCGGCCGGACAGGGAAGAUGGACGCAGCCACUUUGACAUAUGAUACUCUCCGGUUUGCUGAAUUUGAAGAUUUCCCUGAGACCUCAGAGCCUGUUUGGAUUCUGGGCAGAAAAUACAGCAUUUUCACAGAGAAGGACGAAAUCUUGUCUGAUGUUGCAUCCAGACUUUGGUUUACAUACAGGAGAAACUUUCCAGCCAUUGGGGGAACUGGCCCUACUUCAGACACAGGCUGGGGUUGCAUGCUUCGGUGUGGACAGAUGAUCUUUGCCCAGGCCCUGGUAUGCCGGCACUUAGGUCGAGAUUGGAGAUGGGCUCAGCGGAAGAGACAGCCUGACAGCUACUUUAAUGUCCUCAAUGCUUUCCUCGACAGGAAGGACAGCUACUAUUCCAUUCACCAGAUAGCGCAAAUGGGAGUUGGCGAAGGCAAGUCUAUAGGCCAGUGGUACGGGCCGAACACUGUUGCCCAGGUCCUCAAGAAACUUGCUGUAUUCGACACAUGGAGUUCCUUGGCUGUUCACAUAGCAAUGGACAACACUGUGGUGAUGGAGGAAAUCAGAAGGUUGUGCAGGGCCAGCCUUCCCUGUGCUGGGGCAGCUGCACUUCCUACUGAUUCAGAGAGGCACUGUAAUGGGUUCCCUGCUGGAGCUGAAGUUACCAACAGGCCAUCAGCUUGGAGACCACUAGUGCUUCUCAUCCCUCUCCGCCUGGGACUGACAGACAUCAAUGAGGCCUAUGUGGAGACGCUGAAGCACUGUUUCAUGAUGCCCCAGUCCCUGGGUGUUAUUGGAGGGAAGCCCAACAGUGCCCACUACUUUAUUGGCUACGUUGGUGAGGAGCUCAUUUAUCUGGACCCCCAUACUACACAGCCUGCAGUGGAGCUGACUGACAGCUGCUUUAUCCCUGACGAGAGCUUCCACUGCCAACACCCUCCCUGUAGGAUGGGCAUUGGAGAGCUUGACCCAUCCAUUGCUGUGGGAUUUUUCUGUAAGACGGAGGAAGACUUUAACGACUGGUGUCAGCAAGUCAAAAAGCUAUCCCAGCUUGGAGGUGCCCUGCCUAUGUUUGAGCUGGUGGAACAGCAGCCUUCCCAUCUGGCCUGCCAGGAUGUCCUGAACCUGUCCCUAGACUCUUCUGAUGUAGAGAGACUGGAGAGGUUCUUUGACUCUGAGGAUGAAGACUUUGAAAUCUUAUCCCUCUGAAAAUCCUGGGGUUGGGGGAUGGCCUCCAUGGCCCUCAUUGGGGUGCUUUGAGAACCCAGACCUGCCUUGGGCACUCAGUGUCACCGCAUUCCAUCCACCCAGCCCAUCCCUGCCAAGUGCUGUUCACCUGUGCCACCUCUGUCCCGAGGGCCUGCUCUGCUCAUGGACCAAGGACUGUGGUGCCUGGAGGCCUUAUUGCUUGGAGUCAGACUGCCUAAACCCAGACACGAAGGGCCUGUCCAUGAAGUCGCUCGUCAGAAGGCCUAGUCAGGAAGGGCAGUGGGUCAGGAGCCUCCAGAAUUCUCCACUGGAUUCUGACACUGCCAGCCCUGGUUAGCACAUCAGCUCUGGUUCUGCUUUCUCCUGGGCACCUGGGUCUGUGGUCUAUUUGGAAUUAAAGCCCUGUUUGAAGUUGUUUAA